UACGCCGCCGCCACCGCCGCCACAGUGUGUUUAUAUAUUAUUAUUAUCAUCGUGUGCCACACGCCAGACACAGUCCACCCGUCGACCGUAUCGCUCGUGUGUUCCGCGCCGGUGUGCAUUCGAUCGCGAUUUCUUUCCGUAAAAAAACAACAAUAAUUUUUUGCAAAAAAAAAAUCAAUCGAACGGUGCGCGUACGACACAUCGUGUUCGCCGUUUCGUCUCGAUACGCGCGCCUACGCAGGCAGAUCGAAUUAUUGCAGCACACAAUCGAUAUAACCCACCCACAUAUCUGCGGAAUAGUGGGCUGCGUAUAAAAUAUCAUCGCACCGGUCUAAUAAUAUACGCCUUUCGACCAUGGAUUUCGUCGAGUCCCGCGAAUUCGCCUGACGACCGGCGUUCCACAAGAGUGUGUGCAUCAGAGUUAUUAUACACGUCAUAUAAUAACAGACCAGACCGCAGUCGACCAGCUCGCCAAAAAAUAGAAAAAUGAUCAAUCGUCGGAUUUCGUUGAAAAUAUUACCAGCGGUAGUUGUGGGCAUCGUCUUCCUGGUCGAAGGAUUGUGCCUACCAGCCCAAUCGAAAAACAUAAUAUUAGAAGAUGAAGUGAGUACUGUCCCGGCUGUCGAAGGGGACCGUUUAAACAUAAAAUGCGAUUAUUCAGAAGCCAAUAAGAUCACCAAAGUCCAAUGGACCAAAGAGUCAGACGACGAAACUGCACUUGACUCGCCGAGUAUAUUGUCAAAAAAAUUGCAAUGGUUGCGUUUCAAGAAAGUGAAACACUCCGAUCACGGACGAUAUUCUUGCUUGAUCAGUGGUUUCACCGAAAACGGAAUGUUCUCCAAAUGGCGUAAUUUUACUUUGAUAACGAACAAAAGGUCUGAAGUCACGGGUAAUGGAAAAUCGUUGAAAAUGACGGCGCCUCUGAGCCUUUCGCACCGAAAGGACGGAGCCAAACCGAAAUUUAUCAACAGACUUUUCAUGGACAACAACGUGGCGUUGUUAGUGGACGACUUUCUAACUCUGAGUUGUCCCUUUGAGAGUACAUCUGAUGUUGUGUUUUCUUGGUAUAAAAACGAUUAGUUACUCGUCGAAGGGGGAUCAGGCGUUAAUAAUUACACUUUGAGUCAAGUAAAAUUGUCGGACUCUGGAAAUUACACUUGCGUGGUGAAAAACGAUUUCGGUUCUAUCCAACAUAAAUUCAAUGUGGACAUUUACGAGGACCGAAACAAAUUGCCUCUCUUGGUCGAAUAUCCACACAAUUUGACUUUAAAGCCUGGUGAUACUGCACGGUUUUCUUGCAAGACCUUUGAUCAACUCCAUACAAAAGUCGACUGGUACUUUUUAAACGAUACAAAUCCACGGGACAUAGAAACCGAGGACCUCUUACUGUCUACAAAGAUGGCCAACAGCCACAACGUUAAGUUGUUUAAUGGAAUAUUGAUACUGGAAGGUGUCACAAUCGAUGACAUUGGAUGGUAUGUUUGUUAUACAAACGGAUCAAAAACGCGCGUAAUGACGGGUGCAAAAUUGGACGUGGACAAAAGUUUGGUUAAUGAUGCAAAUGACCAAGACUUUGGAAUCGAAGUAGAAGAUGGAGAAAUUAUCGACAAUUCAAGAAAAAUCGGUUUUUUCAAUGCAACAGAAAAUUCCACUGCUCCUAAAUUCACAAAACUCGAUAGCAUGCAUAGGGUAAUCGCAAAACCGGCCGGAAAUAUGUUGAAAUUGAAAUGUGUAGCUGAAGGUAAUCCUUUACCGAACGUAACAUGGUACAAAGACGGAGUCACACCCCCCCAACGACAACUGGGUAUAGCCCGGUACACUCAAUGGGCAAUCAUACUGGAAGAUUUGGUAACGACAGAUUCCGGUAAUUACACGUGCAAAGUGAGCAACGAGAACGGAUGUAUAGAUUUCACUUAUAAGGUUGAAAUAAUAGAAAGAUUUCCGCAUAAGCCCUACAUUAAAGAAGGGCAGCCUCAUAACGUCACCACGCUGGUACACACUAACGUAUCGUUUGAAUGUACUCCGUUGGCCGAUCUCGAACCGUACAUGCGAUGGUUCUAUCAUAACGCCAGUGUCGGGAACGUCAACGAAGAAAAUCUAGAAAACGGCACUGUCAUACAGAACGGAGCUCCCAGCGAAGGCAAUCCGGAAUUAUUGCAACUGUCCAACGUGACUCAUUUGGACGAAGGAUGGUAUACAUGCGUGGCCGGUAACAGUCUGGGCAUGAGCUACGCCAGUGCCUAUUUGAAAGUGGUUGACGAAUUGGAAGAUCCGAUAAAAAUCAAAGCUUUUCAAUUGCAAACUUACCAAUUGGCCGCUCUGGGCAUUAGCUUCGUACUGGUUAUUUUCGUGUGCAUCAUAAUGCUGGUGUGCAGUCAGAGGAAGAGGGAAAAAUUGAAGGAGUUGGUGGCCAGAGAAUCGGCAAGAAACGCAAUGAUCACUCAAUGGACCAAGAAAAUAAUCAUCGAAAAACAACAGAUGGCCGAUGCCAGCGAACCAUUGUUGAUGCCCGUAGUGAAAAUCGAAAAACAAAAAAGUAAAUACACAAAACUAGACCAGGCGUGCAUGUCCGAAUACGAGCUGCCUCUCGAUCCUUGUUGGGAAUUUUCGAGAGACAAUCUAUCACUAGGUAAAACUCUCGGCGAAGGCGCAUUCGGUAAAGUUUUACGUGGUGAAGCCGAUGGAAUUUUAUGUGAAAAUGUAACGAACACUGUGGCGGUAAAAAUGUUGAAAGACGGACACACUGAUACCGAAAUGAUGGAUUUGGUAUCCGAAAUGGAAAUGAUGAAGAUGAUCGGCAAACAUGUGAACAUCAUAAAUCUAUUGGGUUGUUGUACUCAAGACGGACCUUUAUAUGUAUUAGUAGAAUUUGCAUUACACGGAAACCUCAGAGAUUUCUUGAGACAACACAGACCAUCUUCAGGCUAUGAACCGGCUAUCGGAUCAAACCUCAAAGACACUUUAACGCAAAAGGAUUUAGUAUCGUUUGCAUAUCAAGUAGCUAGAGGAAUGGAGUAUUUGGCGUCCAGAAAAUGUAUUCAUAGAGAUUUGGCAGCAAGAAAUGUCUUGGUAAGCGAUGAUUUUGUAAUGAAAAUUGCAGACUUUGGCUUAGCUAGAGACAUUCAAAAUCAAGAAUACUACAGAAAAACUACCGAUGGAAGACUCCCGGUAAAAUGGAUGGCACCAGAAGCUUUAUUCCACAGAGUGUAUACAAAUCAGUCUGAUGUAUGGUCUUACGGAGUGUUGUUGUGGGAAAUUAUGACCUUGGGAGGUACGCCUUAUCCUUCCGUACCCAACAUGGAACAGUUGUUCAAUCUGCUACAGAGCGGACAUCGUAUGGAGAAACCGUCUUGCUGUUCCCUGGAAAUAUACAUGAUAAUGCGGGACUGUUGGAGUUACCAUCCGAAUGAGAGGCCCAUGUUCGACGAGCUGGUGGAAAGUCUCGAUCAGAUACUGUCGGUGACGGCCAACCAGGAGUACGUGGACUUCGGGCUGCCGCAGCUGGACACGCCGCCCACCAGCCAGGAGUCGUUCGAUGAAAACCUUCUGGUCAAUUUCGCCGUGUGAUUUCGCGUGUGUUUUCUCUCGCGAUGACGACGUAGGAUGUUUCAUUGUACCGGCAGUGGUAUCCGAGUACGAGUACGUCCCCCACGGCCCAGUGGACGAAAGUUUCCGGAGAUCUCGGGACAGAAAGCCGCAUCAG